AUGACAUCAAUUCCAUUAUAUUUAAAGAUUAAAAGUCCCAAGAAGGGCAAAGAAGCGUUGUUUGAGACUAUCGGUGAGAGAAGUAUUAUACUUAACGACAAACAAUAUGAUUUCACAAAAAUAUAUAAUGGAAGUAGCAAUACAUACAAAGAAUUGAUUGAUACAUUUGAUCCAUGUUCAUAUUUUAUAUUUAUGGGUCCCACAGGAAGUGGUAAGACCACAACCCUCAAGCAAGUGAUCUAUGAAAAGAUACAUCGUUUAGAAGCAUCUGCGAAAGAGGCAUGCAUUACUGCUUUCGAAGUGAGCGAAAACAAGUACAUAAUCGAUUUGCUUGAAACACCGGCUAAGAAGAAAGAGUACCACAGCUCGUGCUUAGAAUCCCAGUUGCAUAAAAGAAAAUUGAACGGAGAUUCGCAUGAGGUGUUGAAAACAGUUUUCAAUAAGAGAAAUACAAAGAAAACAGCAUUCAAUAGUGAAUCUAGUAGAUCGUGCCUAGUAGUUACCUUUUUUUAUGAUGAUAAACGAGUCAUUUACAUUGACCUCAUGGGUAACGAGAAGUAUGAUAAAUCACUGGCUUUAUCUAAUGCGUUUGCAAAUACCAAUAUGUCAUCCAUAACGCAAUUACUAACAAACAAGGUAUCCAGUUGUGGAAGGUCCUCGAAUCUUAUAACUAAUCUCAUUUUCAAAAGUAAUUCCCCAAGUCCAGGAAAGAUCAAUAUUAUUUUGAAUGUUGACCCUAAUGGAGAUAUUACUUUGCUCAAAUCUAUAUUGAAUAAUAUUGCAACUUUAGUUAAAGAUUUCAAGUUAGAGACUACAACAACAAAUAAGUUAGAUAAAACCCCAAAUAUUCCCCAUUAUGCUAAACCUACAAUUUCUUCUUUAAGUCCAACAAGGUUGGUACCAAGAAUGGCGUCAAGUAUGAGUCCAAUGCGAAAGUUAAGCUCCACUCCUUCAAAAUUUAGAAUGAUACCAAGUUCAGACAAGCUCAGCACUGCUCCUAAAUUGAUGGGUUCAAGAGUGCAAAAAUUCCAAACUCCUACAAAAAAUGCAUUCAUUGCUCCCAUUAAGACGUCACUGCCAUACAAAGCAAGUCAUUUGACCAACAAUUUUUAUGAAAUUCAAAUAUCUAGCUUAAAAAAGACGAUCAAGGAUUUAGAAAUUGAAAUUUCAGAUUUUAAACACGAACAUAAAGAAAUAUUACAGAAGAUUACGAUAGAGAAUCAAGAUUUAAGCCACAGUUUAAUUUUCCUGCAACCAGAUAAUGAACCAAGUUCGUUAAAGGGAGAAUUAAAUGACUUAAUUAGCGUUAAAGCCAUUAAUGAUGAAUUAUUGAAACAGAAAAAUAUUCUAAAUGAAAAGGUUAAUGACUUCAAGGUAGACUUUUAUAAAUUUAAACUGCAGCACAGUAACUUCACUAGUAAUAUUGAUGCAUUGAAAAAGAUAAUGGACAUAUCUGAUACCAGAAAUAGCCAGUUAACAACAAAAAAUAAAGAAUUGCUUGAAGAAGUGAGUAUUAUAAAAGAAGAUUUAAGUAAAGUAAUACUUGAAAAUUCAGCAAUAAACUCUCAUCUCGAUAGAGUAAGCACACAGAAUAAAUCAUUAAUGCAAACUAUUGAAGAUUUUGAGAGAGACAAAACUGAGAAACAACUUUCAAUGGAUAAGUUAGCUCAAGAGAAUAAAUUGUUGCAAAACAAAUCAUUGGAUACAGAGAGCUUAGUACAAAAGAUUUCAGAUUUACAACAAGUUAAUGAUAUAAACGAAGGUGAUAUUAAAUCCUCUAGAGAACUAAUUGCUGAACAGCAAAAGAAUAUUGAGUUAAAAGACUCGAUUAUAAUUGAAAACGACAAAAAAGUGACAGAGCUCACUAAAUCAGCAAAUUUAUCAUUGGAAAAUCAGCAUGUUAUAGAGAAUUUACAAAACGAAUUAACGACUAUGAAAUCAGAAAUACAACAACUAACUUCAGAAAACAAGCUUAUCAAUAGUAAGCAUGCAAAGUCUAUUGAAGAAUUGAAAACUUAUAAAUAUAAAUUCAAGACCUUGAAUAACUCUUGGGCCCAAAAAUUCGAUAAAAUUAUGAAGACAAAGGACCAAGGUCUUGUGAAAUUAAGGUCUGAAUUGAAUUCCCAAAAUGGUAUAUCUGGUGAUUUAAACCGGAAAUUCCUGGGAUCUGAUAUAUUUGAAGAUAAGCCUCAAUCCAGCACUCAAAUGAAACCUGUUCCUAGAAGUAAUCCUUUACAACCUUCUAAUAUAUCAAAACUCGAUAAUCGGACAAAUAAGACUUUUACUUUAAACAAGAAUAGCCACAUAAAUAAGAUCAACAACCUGAGUAAAAUCAAAAAAUCCAGUAAGAAAAAGAGCCAGAAGAACACAAAUAAAUUACAACCUAUAUAG